AUGAUGACGUGCCGUCUGCUGUGCGCCCUGUUGGUGCUCGCCCUGUGCUGCUGCCCGUCCGUGUGCGUGGUGGCGACUGUUGACGUGAAAGAAAAUGACUCCGGUGAAGUGCCCACACCAGAUGAAACACGUCCGGGGACCAAUUCUUUAAAUCCAAGUGCUCCCACAUUCCUGAAACCGGGUACUUCGAACGGUACGGAAACAACACAAGAUUUGCCAACCGGUGGGUCGUCCAACGGUCAAGUUGUAUCAGAUUUGUCUGGUCAGUCAGCGUCACAAGUUUCUGGCGUUCUGCUACAGCCACCUACCGCACCAACCGUUGCGUCAGUUGCACAAAUUGUGCCGAUUCAGUCCGAAAAAGUACAGGAAAAGGGGACGACUGCAUCGACGACCACGACGACCACAACCUCAAAGGCACCAACCACGACUACGACUACGACUACAGAGGCACCAACCACGACGACUACAGAGGCGCCAACCACGACGACCACCCGCGCACCGUCACGUCUUCGCAGGGUCGACGGCAGCCUCAGCGGCUCUGCGUGGGUGUGUGCCCCGCUGCUGCUUGCAGUAUCCGCGCUGGCGUACACCGCUGUGAACUAA